AUGUCAUGGAAAUGUUCCACCAACUCAAAAUGCGUUCACCUGAUUGCCAGUCGCAACGCUUCGUAUUCCGUCCUCGCCCAACAGACCUACCACAAGUCUACGUCAUGGAUGUCACCACAUUUGGAUCGUACUGCUCACCGGCAUCGGCGCAGUGCGCAGUUCGUCCACGAGUAUCCGAGAGCUGCAGCAGCCAUCAAAAACAAACAUUAUGUCGAUGACUACUUGGACAACUUUGAGAUGAUCGAAGAGGCGAUUGCAGUGGUGAACGAGGUUAAACUGGUACACUCCAAAGGAGGUUUCACUCUCCGGCGCUUCCUGUCUAACGAACCUGAAGUCCUUCAAGGAAUAGGUGAGGAGGCUGAAGUUGAAGUUAAAAAUCUACAUCUGGAACGUGAUGGGAAGUCCGAGUCGGUAUUGGGGAUGAAAUGGAUUCCAAACGAGGACGUAUUCAUCUAUGCCUUCGGUAUGCGAGAAGAUCUGCAGUGCAUUCUGAACAACGACCAUGUUCCUACCACGCAUGCGGUAGCGUGGGUGGUCAUGAGUCUUUUCGAUCCGCUCGGCCUCAUCGCCUUCUUUCUGGUCCAUGGUAAUAUUCUGAUCCAGGAGCUCUGGGCGAUAGGAAUAGGGUGGGGCCAAGAAAUUCCCCACAACAUCAACGAACACUGGCGACAAUGGGCUGACUUACUUCAGCAGCUAGAUCUACUACGCAUACCGCGAUGCUAUUUCCAUUCAUCGAAGGACUACGCUCGUCUGCAAAUCCACCUCUUCGUCGAUGCAAGCGAAACUGCCUAUGCUUGUGCAGUAUACUUCCGUUUGGAAACCGAUCGUGGUGCAGAGGUGGCGUUUGUUGGAGCUAAAACGAAGGUAGCAUCGCUGAAGACACUCUCAAUUCCUCGACUCGAGCUGAAAGCAGCGGUUCUGGGCAUCCGUUUGAUGGAAACUAUCCAGAGGUAUCACACGCACACGGUCAGUCGGCGCUACUUCUGGAGUGAUGCAAACACGGUUCUCGCGUGGGUGCGCUCAACCGACCAUCGUCGUUACCACAAGUUUGUUGCCGUUCGGGUUGGCGAGAUCCUGUCAUCUACACAACAGUCGGAGUGGCGGUGGGUACCGUCUAUGCAUAACGUUGCAGAUCUUGCCACCAAGUGGAACAAUGGUCCGCAGAUGACAAUGGAGAAUCCCUGGUUCCGAGGACCGGCCUUCCUAUACGAGCCGGAAGAACAUUGGCCUAAGCAGCGAACGGUUACUCCAACUGAAGAAGAACUCCGUCCUACCCAUUUCCACGCCGUCCACUUUGCUCCAGCUAUGGUGUUCAAAAGAUUCGAUCGAUACGUCGAACGAAAGAUAAUAUGGAACUCGGCAACCAGCGACGAACUCCAACGGGCCGAAAGGGCACUUCUGAAGACGGGUCAAAGCGAGUUGUAUGCAGAAGAAAUCGCCAUACUCGUCAAGACUCAAGGACCACCAGAGAAUCGCCGUGCCAUAGUGGAUAAAUCCAGCUCUAUCUACACUAAGUGUCCGUUCCUGGAUGAGAACGACAUUCUGCGCAGCCGUGGCCGAAUCAGUGCUGCACCAUAA